GCAAGAAAAACAAAUAGAAAGAAUGUGGCGUUUUAAUCUGAUAAACACUAUUGCCGAUCAGGCCAAUUGGAUAAUUUCCUCGGAUGUGGCCAUUGUCAUAGCCGAUAAGUAUCCGAAAGCGCAACAUCACUAUCUGGUGCUGCCCAAGGCGGAAAUUUCGUCCGUCUUUAAUCUGACCCGAGAGCAUUUGCCACUGUUGGAGGAACUGCAUCUGCUGGCCCGCAACGUUGUCGAAGUGCGCGGCCAGCAGUGGAAUGACUUUAAGGUGGGCUUCCAUGCCGAGCCGAGCGUGGAACGCCUGCAUUUGCAUGUGAUAUCCCAGGAUUUUGUGUCGCCAACUCUAACGAAGAAAAAGCACUGGACCUCCUUCAACACGGCACUGUUUGUGCCAUACGAAGAACUGCGCGACAAGCUUCAGUCGGAAAACAGUUUCCAGCGCCUGCCGCCGCAUGUGUGCCAUAAACUGCUGGCCUCGCCGCUUCAAUGCAAUCAAUGCGAACGGAUAUGCAUAAAUUUUCCCGAACUUAAGGAACAUUUGCUGGAGCAUCUUCUAAGUAAGAGUAAUACAAAAUUACACAUAAUGGACGUCACAGAGAAAAAUAAAAUAAAAAGUGAUCAUAUAAAACAGAACAUACGCAACCAUCUGAGGAAGAAGAUCUCGGACAAGAAUCACAUUCUUAUCGAAAGCGACAGGGCGGUGGUGGUGAAGGCCGACUAUCCCAAAGCGCAGUACCACUUUAGUGUGGUGCCCAAAGAGGAAAUCGAGGAUGUGACCAAGCUGACCAGCGAUCAUCUUCCGCCUGACCACAUGAUGGAGCUGGCCGUCCAGAUCAUUGGGAAGCAGGACCACUUGCCGUCACGCAAUUUUCGCAUUGGCUUCAAGGCGGCCCCGUUCUGGGACCGGCUGAACAUGCACGUUAUAUCCGAUGACUUCUACUCCCUGUCGAUGAAGCGCAUCAAGCACUGGAACAGCUUCAACACCGAGCUGUUCCUGCCUUUCCAACAGGCCUACAUGAUGCUGGACAGUGAGGGCGCUAUUGAGACCCUCUCCGAGGUGGAGUUCCAAAAGCUGACGGAACAAACGCCUCUCCACUGCAAUCAGUGCGACUUUCAGUCCCCAUUGUUGUUGGCUCUGAAGGCCCAUCUCUUCACUCAUUGGCAGCACAAGGAAUCCGAACGUCAGACAAAAAAGCAAAUGCAAGAUAUUGUCAAGUUGCUUGACGAUGCAAAACUGGAGGACACCGCCAAGCCGGAAGCGGCAUCAUCCCGCGAGGAGCACGAGAUCACCGCCAGCACCAGUCAGAAAUCUGUGGAUCAGAACCAGCCAGUGGGUGCCGAUGCCAAUGCGUACCACCAAUGCGGGCCACUUGUAAACUUGAUGAAUCUGCAGCACAUCAAUAACCCAUUCAGAAACACGCCGGCUCGUUUCGGUAUAGCCGCGAAGGCACAUCCACAGCCUACAAAUUCCAUGUAUGCACCGCGUCCACAUCGGGCCGGCAACCCCUUGGCCUAUGCGCCGCGACCUCAGCAGGGCGGUAACACCUUGGCCUAUGCGCCGCGACCACAGCAGGGCGGUAACCCCUUCAGAAACAUGCCGCCGCGUCCACAGCUGGGCGGAAACGGCUUCGGACCGCAAUCAAAGGCCAUGAGGCCUAUGUUUGCUGCACCCAACCAACAGCCUAGAUUUGUUCCAACACAACCACAGAAUCAGCGUCCUCGUGCUCCAAAUCAACCACAGAACCAGCGUCCUCGUGCUCGAAAUCAACCACAGAAUCAGGGAACUCGUGCUCCAAACCAAACGAAGUUCCAAUAGAAAAACAAACCCAAAAACAAUAGUAACAAACCGGCUGCCAAUGCGGGCCAGCCUGCACCGAUGUAGGGGCUAAAUCGAUCUUGCAAACAAGGUAAAAGACGUGUGCUAGCGUGUGCCUUAUAAAUGGUAACAAAAUCUAUAAUUUUUAUUUCUGAAAUACUGAAUCCGAGACUAGAAACUAUAUAUCGAAUAUAUAAUCAUACCAAAACGAAACUAAAACUCAUACAGGAAACCAUUGCAAAAGCAAUUUAGGAUUAAAUCAGCAUUUUUUAUAAGGAAGGACAAUAAUUUAGCGUUCAUUCCAAUCAGAUUAUCUGCCAAAAACUUAAAUUUCCUAAACAAUCAAAUAUGUUUAAAAAUAGAUUACAAAUCGAAUUUGAUGUAAUUAUUUGUAUGCCUAAAUGUCAAAGGUUUGUCUCAAUAAAUAUCAGACAUUACAAACGCCA